CACUAUCCAACAACGGUUCCAGCCCAUCUUCCCCAUUUAGGGCUUGUAGCACUGAUUUUAUAGGCUUUGGGUGCUGUUAGACCUCCCUGUUCCGUGACGAGAUCAGCAGCAGCGCCUGGGUGCUUGGGACCCUCAAGGCCAGCAGGGAAGGGAGCAAUCCUAGUGCCCAGGAACCUUAAGGUUGGUAGGGAGGGGAAGAAGAAAUCUGUUUGGUUCAUCUGCUUGGCUCACAGGACCUGCAGGGGCUGAUAAUGAGGGAAAAGGAAUGAAUAUGUGAACCCUUUGGUCGCAGAGAAUGGCUGCUUGCCUUAUAAAAUGAUGUUAGUUAUUCUAACCACAUUACCAGGGGUCUGGAGCACGCUCUCCUUCCUUUUUUUCCCAAGGAAUGUUAUAAACUAAUCUCACAGGGGGUUAUUAAAUAGGAAGAACUGUCUGAAUCAGCUGCUACUCCAGCUGUUUCCUCUGAAAUGACAGAUUAGUGUGUCCAAGCAACACUUAGCAGUAAUCCCUUCAUGACAAGUCCUGUCUUCCUCCCAGCAAAUGUCUUUAUUUUGGACAAUGCUUGUAUUGUCAGAACAUAAGCCAGAUUCUUAAGCUGGCAUUCCAUGAGGUGUCAGAAUGCCUGAAAGGGCUGAAACCUCACAGCUCCGUGUGACACAUCCACAGAAAGACUUCAGUUAUUUUUUUUUAAGCCAUCUGUAAUGAGAACGUGUCUCAAAUCCCUUUUGGGCAUUUGGCUUUUCAGCUGUUUAUUGGCCUUGCCUUGACUACAGCAAAGCAAAGGCAAACACUCUGUCUCCCAGAGGUGCCUGGAACAAAAAUAACUGGUUUAAAACAAUGAGCAAAUUCCUGCUAUUGUUUUAGUUAUCCCUUUUGAUUUUCUAACAGUAUUCUCUACUAUUUACUUGUAGAUUGAGGCAGAAGUGAACAGAAGAAAAGAGUUAAUUCAACAGUCAGUGAAACGCAAAGCCGUCAUCUCAAAGUGCUACAAAAGAAAACACCCAGAAGUGUACACUCUGCAGAUAAGAGGAUCUAUCGACUCCCAGUGUUCACAGAGGAGUUCUGCCAAGCCUUUGUGGAUGAGCUGGAGAACUUUGAGCAGUCAGAUAUGCCGAAAGGCAGGCCCAACACUAUGAAUAACUAUGGGGUUUUGCUAAAUGAGCUUGGGAUGGAUGAAACCUUCAUCACGCCCCUGCGGGAAAAAUACCUGCGGCCCAUAACAGCACUGCUCUAUCCCGACUUGGGGGGUGCCUGCCUGGACAGCCAUAAGGCAUUUGUUGUCAAGUACUCACUGCAUGAAGAUCUGGAUUUGAGCUCUCACUAUGACAAUGCAGAAGUCACCUUAAAUGUUUCACUGGGAAAAAACUUCACAGAAGGCAACUUGUACUUUGGGGAUUUCAGUCAGGAUCCUACCCCUGUGCCAAAGUACAUAGAGAUCGAACACGUGGGAGCCCAGGGGCUGUUACACCGAGGAGGGCAGAUCCACGGGGCGCUUCCCAUUGCCUCUGGGGAGCGCUGGAACCUCAUUGUUUGGAUGAGAUCAUCUGCCAUCCGCAACCAGCUCUGCCCCAUGUGCAACAAGAAACCUGAGCUGGUGGAAGCAGAGGGGUUUGGAGAUGGCUUCACAGAGACCCUGAAAGACGAUGUGCCCGGAACUGUGAAUCUCUGUGCCUUGUGGUAGCAGAUGGUAAAGCCUGAAUUCUCCAGACCAAGUUGGCUAAAGCUCCUUUCUGACCUCUCAGACUCUUUGAUGGAUGCACAAGUAAUGUAAGGAGCACUUAUCUCCUUGGGAAGUGAUGCAGACCCAGUCCUGCUGGGGUUAAGGAAGCCAGCUGCUUGGAGAGCUGAAAGAGCUGGUACUUGCUCACACUCAGGCUGGAGAGCUGGAGGGCUGCUUGUACGACACAGAAAGACUUGACACUGAUUGACUGCAGAGGCUCUGUAAAUAUUUUCAGGUGUACAAGGAGAACACCCAAAGCUGUUUGGCCUUUGUGAAGACCUCAGUGCCAACAGCAGCAUCGCGGGUCCCGCUCUAAGUGGAAAAGAGCAGUACAAUAAAGCCCUGUACUUACCACUUCUCCGCUAA